GAGUCCUGUACCUUCACUUCGGCCCGUCCAACGGAGCUCAGUUCCAUUUCUUCUAUCUUCUACUCACUUCCAAAAAUGAUGGCAACCAACAACAAAAGUUCCAACGCGACUUGCGGAUACAAGCGCGAGGCUGAACCCGCGACCACUAACGAACACCCUGCCAAACGCCCCUACUACGGCAAGUGCCAGUACAAGACCGGCAAGUGCUUCAACGAACGCACUCUCAAGCGCAAUGGUGAAGCCCACUCGCUUUGCGAAGAGCACCGCGUCAAACAGAACUUGAUCCAGCGUCGCAGUGACCGCAAGUACCAGACGGUGCACGCUAUUCGUCGUCGUGAGCGAUCGCAGCGUCGCGCUGUGUUGAAGAAGCAGGUCUCGAUGGCGGUGGCCCAGCAGCUCUUUUAUGAGCACCAGCAACAGAAAACGUUGGGCGUCCCGUUGCCGCAGCACCACCCUUUGCACAUGCUGGCGAAUGGUACAUCUGCGACUCCGAGUUCGAGUGGCAUCGUGGGGUUGGCUCCUCCUAUUCAGGUCCCGGCUCCAGCGUUCAUGGUGGACGGUCAGAACGGUAUGGGAUCGCCUCUGGUAUUGUCUGUUCAGCCCCAAAGCGGUCGCAUCGAAGUUGUUAACAGCAAGAUCGAAGCCGCGCCCGGGACCAACGACGAAUCGACACCUACGGGCAUUGACGAUUUCACGGCGGACUCGUUCCUGACUAUCCCCAUGCGUUCAGGUAUCCACAGCAUUCCGGCGCUGAAAGAUGAGGAGAUUGAAGAGAACAGCAGCUUGGGCGACAGCUUCGGCUACAUGCCGAUCGUAUCAUGCUCGGACGACAAGGAAACGUGGAGCGACGAUGACAUCGAGUUCCUGCAGACCAUUCUGCUAGCUUAGAUAUUUGUCUGUGCCUCCACCCUACCGAGUUUGUUCAGCUGUCGCUAUAACCAUUUUAUAAGAGCGCCAAAGGAAGACUCUUUACCAGUAUUUCACGAACCCAAAAUAAAAAAGCAUUGUUUUUCUACCGCCUGAAAAUGAA